UCAAAUCGGAAUUAUUUCUUUUCAUAAGAGGAGAAAAGAAAAAGGCGAAACGCCAAGGCAAUUCACUCGCUUCCAACGGCCCAAGUUGGAGAGAAUGGCAUCGAUCGUAAAGGACGACGUCGAUCGAUUGUUCGAAUGCUUCAAGUGCGGCGUUUCUCCUCCUCAAUCUGCUGUGAGAGGAAUAAAGAAGAGAAAAAGUAAAUUGAAGUCUGAGUGUUCAGUAAACUCUGAGAUUUCUGCUUCCGCCUCAGUUGAAGAAAGGCCGGAGAAUGCAACGGAUGUUCAAGAUUCCGUGGAAAAGAUUGGCUUGACAAGUGAAGCAAAAGGUUCUAGUUGUAAGAAGUUCUCGCCAAUCGUAUUUUAUGGUUCACCUAGAGGCGUACCUCCAAAGAGACCAUAUAGUCUGUGGAAAUUAUUGCGUGAAAUUCGUGUCGAUCUUUCUGAACAAACCAGAUUCAAGCUAAGCAAGCAAGUGUGGGCCACAUUUCCCAGACAAGAAGAAGCAAUCAAGUUUGCAAGAGAGCACACUGGUGUUCAUGUUUUUAGUUAUCAAGAUCACUUUAAUGGACAAAGGAGAUUUCUAGUUUCAUCAUACAAUGAAUUCUGGCAAAGGUAUAAAAGCAUGGAUUCAAAAUUUCGCCACCAUUAUGAAGUGAUUCAAGAGGGUGCUCCGUGUCACCUUUACUUUGAUUUGGAGUACAGUAAAAGAAUCAAUACGGGAAAAAAUGGAGAUGUAAUGGUUGAUUCCUUGAUAUUAGUUAUUCUAGAAGCCUUAAAUGAAAAGUACUCGAUUCAAGGAAGCUUUGACUGGAUACUAGAGCUCGAUUCCUCGAACGAAGAGAAGUUCUCUCGCCACCUGAUAAUCCGUAUACCAAAAAUGGCAUUUAAGGAUAACUCGCAUGCAGGAGCAUUUGUUGGUGAGAUAUGUUCAAGGAUUUAUAGUGCAAAAAUGGAAGGGCGAUACGAAGAACUGUUUAUCAAAAAAGAUUCAAGCUCCACUGAAUCUCCUAGCCAUCUGUUUGUGGACAAUGCAGUUUAUUCUAGAAAUCGUUGCUUUCGUUUAGCUUUUUCAUCAAAGGCUGGGAAGACUUCUGUGCUUCUACCUACGGGGAGACAUGCACGUGCAAAUAUGUGUGAGGAAGACACGUUCAUGGCAUCCUUGAUCUGCAACGUUGAUGCUGAAUGUGAGAAGCUUCUGGUUUGCAAAAUGGAUUUGGACUGCGUAAAGACAUUGCAAUUUGAAAUGGAGGAGAAAUGUAAUUUCGGACGGCAUUUCAGUUUCGCCAAAGAAGUACCAUUGACCGGUUGCAUGACUGAUGUUUCAGCAACUUCUUGCAUGGGAAGAUCACCAUUCCCAGCUGUGGAUAAGUUUGUUGAAUCAGUUGCCUCCACUGGAAGUGUAUCAGGAAAAAUACGCUGCUGGUACUGGUUUUCGGAAUAUGGACUAAUAGUCUACAGCAUGUCCCGAAAUAGAUACUGUGAACGAAUUGGUCGAGAACACAAAAGCAACCAUGUGAUUUAUGUUGUCGACCUUAGGAGGGCUGCCUAUUAUCAGAAGUGUCACGAUCCAGAUUGUAGAGGUUACCGAUCUCCACUGCGUCCUAUUCCGAUUGAUGCCCUUCCUAGUCCAUGGGUUUCCACAGAUUCAGAACAGAUAUUAAAUGACACAGAGUUUAAUGAUGAUCGAAUCAAUUAUCAAUCUCUAAGCAACGACCAAAAUUGUCUUUUGCUUUUCAGUGAUAAGAAGAACAUUACAGACAGCAGUGUCAAGGAUUCCUGGUGGCUUGAAGCAAUAAGGGUCGCAGAUGAUGUUGAAAACAAACGCAACAUGGACAUUGGAAAAUUAGACUUCGAAGAAGAUGAUGACUGGUGGAUGGCUGUGGAAAACUCAAUAAAAGACUAGUUGUAGUCUAACUCGAAAAGUCAGGACUCGCUGGCUAAUGCAUUCUCUGGUAUCAGAAGAAAGAAUUGGAACAUUUGGAAGCACCGAUGUUGAACUUUUUCAGACAUAUGAGGUAGGUGGUGCUCGAGCAUGAAGAAGGCGACCAACUGUUCAUCCAAUAACACGAAUCUCGUUGGGAUAUUUGGCUGCAAAUUAACCCACUACUGCUUCGUUAGGAUGUCGGUUCUGUGCAGAUCUGCUGGGAAAAACAUAACUAAAUCGUGGAGUUUAGGAUGUGAUAUUACAGCCAUACAUGAAACGUAUGGUAUGACAAGGAUUAAAUGUAGCGUUGAAGUUUUGUGCUUUGGAAGCAAGCACAAACCAGGAUUGCAAGAGUUCUCUAGAAUGUGUUUUUUUCUUUCCUUUACUGUAUAAAACUAACCUUUUAAGCCUGUUUUCGUGCUUCUGAAGAAGUAAAAUAUCCAGGCUUAUUUAGCAUACAGUAAACUGUUGAACUUCAUUAUCAUUAUUAUUGUUUGUUAUUAUUUUUUAGAACACAAAAUGAGCACAGAAACUAGAAAGCGUUAACUAACUCCUAGAAGUGCAUGUCUUCUUUUCGCAGAGUCCACCAACGCAGACCAGGCUUCCUUCCAAAUGGAUAAGUACCUUCAUCUUUGUGUGUGCAUGUGUUGCCAACUCGUGAGCAGCAAGGCUUUCGAUGCGAGAUAGAGGUAAGUAUAAAUACCUGAACUCUUGAUUUCUUCCAGAUCUUUUUGGUAUCGUCAAUAACUAAUUCAAAUUUUAGAGUCAAAUUCUUCUCUUUUCCUUACAAGAUUCUCAUCUCAAUCGCUAUGAACCAUGGUUCAAAAUAUGACAUUGUCAUAUUGAAUAGUUAUUUAUAUAUUAAAAAAAGUUUGAUAUGAAUUUUGUUUUCUUCACUGCUAAUUUAGCUAGUUAGACAGUAGUAAUUUCGAGUAAUUUUCCAGGUUG